AUGGCAGACCGACGGAGAAUUAGGCUGACGUUUGGUGGUCGUGGUGGCGGCGUUAGUGGCGGCGAGCCGAUUGAGGGUUCUGGUCCUCGUCAUACAAGAUCAAGACGUUUGAAUGCGUCUGUUAGGAGGGAGUUAGGUGGUGCAGGACCUUCACAUGCACCGUUUCAGCAUGAGCAGCAGUAUGGGACUGCUGGUGCUUGGUCGGGGGAGCACCAGUCACAGGGGAGCGCCCCCAUGUAUUCGUCUACUGGAGUGCCUUCAUCAGAUCGGGAGGAGGAUGAAGAAGCAGGAAGUCAAUCUGCUGGAGAUGCACAGUACGACCCUCAGGAUUACCGUACUGUGUAUAAGGGUGACCAUGGGAGAUAUGUUAGCAGUAGUGAACCAGGUCAAGCUUCUACUAGCUCGUCAGAGCCAUGGGUGGUGCAGGGGCCGAUGGCAGGUGGGCCUGAGGAUGGUACCGUUAUUCCGAGUUUUGGGGGUCACGUGUCUGCUUACAUAUGGGCUGGGCAGGAGCGAAACGUGCUGCGGUGUUUGAGCAGGACACAGUUGUGUUCUGAAUUGGGUAACUGGCGCGCUCGUCUUUCGCCGGAGCACCUGGAACCGAUUGAUGGCACUGGUCUAUCUCAUUUACCCGGGACCAUGUUCCGACGAUUUGACUGGCCCUUAAUUUCUGCUUUUGUUGAGAGAUGGCAGCCAGACACGAACACGUUUCACAUGCCUUUUGGGGAGAUCACGAUCAUGCUGCAUGAUGUGUAUCAUAUUCUAGGGCUUCGUGUCGACGGUUCCAUGGUUUCCACUACUCCUAGCACGGACGUUUUACGGGACGCGUGCUCGGUUACCUUGGAUAUGACUGAGGAAGAGCUGAAUGAGAAGUGCGGUACCAAAACCGUGUGGCAGGGUAGUGGGGUCCUGACUGAGAGGAUAGUGGAGUCGACCUUGGAGGCGCAGAGGCCCUUCAGUAACCAUUACAGGGCGUACCUGUGGUUAGUACUCGGCGGUUGUUUGUUUUUGGACAAGAGUGGAAACCGUACUCAUCCUUCCUUCCUCAACGAGCUGUUUGUUGAGGAUGUUCAGAUUAGUGAGUACUCCUGGGGUUCUGCUGUGCUAGCAUACAUGUACCGGCAAUUGGGUACAGCAUCACGAAGAGAUGCUGAUUCUAUCGCUGGCUGCCUUACGCUUCUGCAGGCGUGGAUCUACGAGUACUUUCCGUGUUUCCGGCCUCAGCAGGGGACCUUGACCAGAGAGCUUGCUAUUCCUCGUGCGUCCGCCUGGGAUGUUGGAUCGGGGUGCCCUAACAAGAGCAUGGAGCGCCUUCUCGCUUUUCGGGCUAGGUUGGAUCAGUUGACUGACAAUGAAGUUAACUGGCUACCGUACGGAGUUGAUCCAGCACGACGCGUGCCUGCUACUCUUUUCAUUGGCUGCAUCCAGUAUCGUACCAUCAUUGAGCCAUACAUGCCUGAUCGAGUGGUUCGACAACUUGGAUACAUACAGGGCAUUCCACCAGCCAUUAUCAGGCCUGAGAAGGCUAAGAGACCGACGAACUUGAAGAUGUAUCGGGUUGACUUUCCGCCAGAGAUGACAUCUGUGAUGUGGAAUCGGUUUGUCCCUGGUAUGUCUUUUAGUGUCGUGGUAGGUGCCCUGAGCAGACUUGGUGGUGGUGCUCCUACAGUCGGUCCUGGUUACAUGCAGUGGCUGUACCGAUUUUCUCAUCCACGUUUUUCUCCAGUUGCGUCAACACAUGAGAGUCGCACACUGCCAGAGAGGACUAACACGGAUUACUGGAUGGGUCGGUCUAUGGAGGUCAUCAACAGGACCCUGGAGGAGUAUCCGAGCCUAUCGCGUGAUACAAGAGCAAUGGCUGAGGCGCUACGAGCUGAUUGGAGGGCGAUGAUGGGGUUGUGA